UAUAGUGUGUAAUUUAUUGGUUCAAUAUGUCUGAUAUGCUCAACUUGCCUUUUAGUCAUCUUGAUGAUGACGAAUUUAACAUGGUAUUAUACGAGUUUGAAAAUGGUUCGGUACGAUUUGAUGAGGACAGGUUAUCCUCACUGGUAUUUAACCCGUUGCUAUUUGACCACAAUAAUAAUCUUGCCAUAUGGGGUGACUUAGAUGCCGAUACUAAUUUUUAUUCUAAAGUAUCCCAUAGCUGCGACUACUACACUGAACAUAAACUAAGUGAUUUAUUGUCUACCAAGGUAGAGAUACCAAACAAUAACUGUUUUUCGAUCCUCCAUCUAAACAUUAGAAGUUUACCCAGGAAUCUUGAGAAUUUAUCAAAUUCGCUUGCCAUUAUCAAACACAACUUUUCUAUUAUUGGUAUUUCCGAAACCUGGCUUCGCCAUGACGACCACUUUGUUAGUGUUGACGGGUUCAACUUUGUUCAUAACUAUAGGCCCAAUAAAAUAGGAGGCGGCGUUGGUCUUUAUUUAGCUAACGAGUUCGAAUUUAAAUUACGUUCCGACCUUGUCUUUGCCAAUACAGCAUGUGCUGAAAGUUUAUUUCUUGAAAUCCCGAAUCCCAAGGGAAAAAACAUUAUUGUUGGAGUAAUAUACAGGCCUCCCAAUGAAAAUGUUGAUGAGUUUAUUAAUAAUACUGACAAACUAAUCUCCUCCAUUUCUAAAGAAAACAAAGUGUGCUACAUAAUGGGCGAUUUUAAUUUGAAUCUAUUAAAUUAUCAUAGCCAUCAACGUACCGGUGAAUUCCUCGAUAUUAUGUACUCUAAUAUGUUCUUUCCAUCAAUAACACGGCCUACCCGCAUUACAUCUAAUUCCGCUACCCUUAUUGAUAACAUAUUUACAAAUAAUUUGGACUCAUACUCAUUUAGUGGACUAUUAUUCACCGACAUUUCAGACCAUUUACCAAUUUUUGGCUUUUUUCGUGAUCAGUCAGUGGUAAAUCAUGGCGAUGCUUAUGUAACUUUUCGCGAUAGGAGCAAGACAAACUUAUUAAAAUUUCAAGACCUACUUAAAAACCAUAGAUGGUCUGAUAUUCCUGGAUAUGAUGACCCCAAACAUGCAUAUGCCAGCUUCUAUCAUGCCUUUAUGCAAAUAUAUAAUACCUCUUUUCCAGUAAAAAGAUUAAAAGCGGCAAGAUUUAAUAAUAAGCCUUGGCUAUCCAGUGGUAUUUUGAAGUCCAUAAAGAAAAAAAGCAAGUUAUACAAGAAAUUAUUAAGUUUUCCAACUCCUUUCAAUGAAGACAGGUACAAAAAGUACAAGAAUAGAUUAACCCGCAUAUUACGCACCGCUAAACGCCUAUAUUAUGAAAAGAAGCUGGAAUCCAAUAAAGCCAAUAUUAAAGCAACGUGGAAAGUUAUUAAUGAAGUUAUUAAUAAGAAAAGGCGUAGUACCUCUUUGCCAUCAACCUUUAUUGAUAACAAUUCAAAUGUUACAAAUCCUUUAGAUAUUGCCAAUAGGUUUUGUGACUAUUUUACUAACAUCGGCCCGAACCUAUCCAAAAACAUACCUUCCUCAACGCAAUCACCCACGUGUUAUUUAUCUGGUAAUUUUGCAAACCCGUUGUUUCUCAACUGUGCUGAUGAAUCGGAGAUAAUUGAAAUAGUUCGUUCAUUACGUUCAGGGAUUGCAGGAGGUUAUGACAAUAUUCCUAUGUGGUCCCUAAAAGAUUCUAUUGAUCUAAUUUCUCAACCAUUGACUCAUAUUGUCAAUUUAUCAAUUCAAUCUGGUAUUGUUCCUGACCAGAUGAAAUUUGCACGGGUUUUACCAAUAUUCAAAUCUGACCUUUCCAAGGCUUUUGAUACUGUCGACCACGAAAUUCUUUUUCUAAAGUUGGAGCAUUAUGGCAUACGAGGAUUGGCCCUUGAUUGGAUGAAAAGUUAUUUUACGAAUAGACAACAAUAUGUUGAAUAUAAUGGUAUUAAUUCCGUAUGGAAUAAUAUUAAGGGGCUGUUUACAUGA